AUGAUUUUAUACUCUUUAUACGACUGCUUGGAUUUUAAAGGGUGGUUGUUUUUGACUUGUUUUCUGCUGCUGCUUAUAGAUUUAAUCAGGAAUAAAAACCCAGCAAAUUUUCCACCAGGACCAUGGCCUUUACCCAUCUUAGGAAAUGUCUUCACUGAUGUUAACUAUAAAACUGUGGAUCAGCUGAUUGAGAAGUAUGGGAACAUAUUCAGUGUCAGGAUUGGAAGUGAUAAAAUAGUGUAUGUGUCUGGGUUUAAAAUGGUGAAGGAUGUUUUGAUCACUCAAGGGGAAAACUUCACUGACCGUCCUGUUUCACCAUUGUUUGACACACUUUAUAAAGGCAGAGGCCUGUCCUUCAACAAUGGCUAUUCGUGGAGAAAGCAUCAACAGUUUUCCAUGAGUCACCUGAAAAAUUUUGGAGAGGGGAGGAAGACUCUAGAAGAAAAUAAUCAACGAGAGUGCUACUUCCUGUGUGGAGCCUUCAAAGAGGAGCAGGGCCGCCCCUUUGACCCUUUGGUCAAAAUCAAUAAUGCAGUAGCCAACGUUAUCGGCUUCCUGGUGUUCGGCCAUCGAUAUGAGUAUAGUGAUGUUAAUUUCCAGAAGCGUCUACAGAUGAGUGCGGAGUCAGUGUUUCUUACAGGAUCUGUGUGGAACCAGCUGUAUGAUGCCUUCCCAGGUAUAAUGAAGUGGGUGCCUGGACCUCAUCAGACAAUCAUUUCAAACUAUCAAAAGUUAGCAAACUUUCUGGAAGAGAAGAUUGAGCAACAUAAACCAGACUGGGACAUCAGCAAUCCGAGAGAUUAUAUUGAUGCCUACCUAACCGAAGCAGAGAAGAAGAAGAAUGAUACAGAGGCAGGGUUUACUGUUGGCAGUUUGGUGUGGUCCAUGGUGGAUUUGUUUGAGGGGGGAACUGAAACAACAACCAACACACUCCGAUGGGCUCUGCUUUUCCUCAUCAAGUACCCUGACAUUCAAAAAAAGGUGCAAGCAGAGAUUGACGAGGUGAUUGGUUCCCGUCUUCCUUCUAUGUCUGAUAAAGCAAACAUGCACUACCUGAAUGCUUUCAUUCAUGAGGUCCUCAGGAGAGCAAACCUUGUGCCUCUUAAUAUGGCUAGAGUUGCAAAAAAGGACACAACUCUGGGGGGCUACUUCAUAACAAAGGGAACUGUGAUGAUCACAAACCUGACCUCAGUGCUGUAUGACAAACAGGAAUGGGAAACACCAGACGCCUUUAACCCUAAACACUUUCUAGACUCAGAGGGCCACUUUUGUAGGAGAAAUGCCUUUUUUGCCUUCUCAGCAGGCAAAAGGCAGUGUCCAGGAGAGUAUCUGGCUCACUUGGAGCUGUUCAUCUUCCUCACCAUCCUCCUGCAGACCUUCAGCUUCAGCCCUCCUGACGGAGAAGAGCCCAGUCUGGACAGUCAGGUGGGCUUCACUCAAGCGCCGCUGCCCUACAAGAUCUGCGCUCAUCCCAGAUGA